GCCGGUGCUGCCCAUUGGCUGCCUCAGGCUCCCACCCCGCCUGCCUCCCCAGCCUGGAGCUCCCGGCCAGCCCUUGCCUCUCCAGCUGCUUCUAAACUCCCCAGAGCAAGCACCUCCUACAGGGCCAUGUCGAGUUGCGACCGGAUCGGAGUGGCCCCUGCCAUGGACAUGCCUGAGGUCCUCAAGUCCCUGCUGGAGCACUCUCUGCCUUGGCCCGAGAAGAGGACAGACAAGGAAAGGGGGAAGGAAAAGCUGGAGGAGGACGAGGCGGCAGCGGCCAGCACCAUGGCCGUCUCAGCCUCCCUCAUGCCGCCCAUCUGGGACAAGACCAUCCCGUACGAUGGCGAGUCCUUCCACCUGGAGUACAUGGAUCUGGACGAGUUCCUGUUGGAGAACGGCAUCCCCGCCAGCCCUAUCCACCUGGCCCAGAACCUGCUGCUGCCUGUGGCCGAGCUAGAAGGGAAGGAGUCUGCCAGCUCCUCCACGGCGUCCCCACCGUCCUCCUCCACUGCCGUCUUUCAGCCCUCCGAAACCGUGUCCAGCACAGAAUCUUCCCUGGAAAAGGAGAGGGAGACUCCCAGCCCCAUUGACCCCAACUGUGUGGAGGUGGAUGUGAACUUCAACCCUGACCCUGCCGACCUGGUCCUCUCCAGUGUGCCAGGCGGGGAGCUCUUCAACCCACGGAAGCACAAGUUUGCAGAGGAGGACCUGAAGCCCCAGCCCAUGAUCAAAAAGGCCAAGAAGGUCUUCGUGCCUGACGAGCAGAAGGAUGAGAAGUACUGGACAAGACGCAAGAAGAACAAUGUGGCAGCAAAGCGGUCUCGGGACGCCCGGCGCCUGAAGGAAAACCAGAUCACAAUCCGGGCAGCCUUCCUGGAGAAGGAGAACACAGCCCUUCGGACGGAGGUGGCCGAGCUGCGCAAGGAGGUGGGCAAGUGCAAGACCAUCGUGUCCAAGUAUGAGACCAAGUACGGCCCCUUGUAACCUGUGCCCUGCCCGGGCAGGGCGCUGCCUGCACCCAGACCUCUGCCUGGGGCUCCCUGAAACCCACGUGUGCGUGGAGACUUAUGACUCGUCACGGGCGCAUGGCGGCGCACCUACUCCGGGAGCGUCCACGUCUCAGCUUCAUGAUAACAGCCAGCGCGCACAGCGACUUCCCCGGGCACCAGCCUCCUCUGGUGGGGAACGCGAGAGCAUCUGUGUAGACGGGUGAAUCGGCCUUACUCUCUAUCCUUGGGUGUCCCGGUUGAGUUGGAGUAGAGUCUAGAGUAGAGUCUCUCCUUUCACAGGGCGCUCGGGCUUCCCUGACCCUCCCUCUGUCUCUAGCCUGGGCUGCCGAGGGCUGUCUCUGCAGAAUGAGUUGUAUUUUUGUCUCUGUAUGUCUUCUCAGGUAGCAGGGCGCAUUUCCACUUGAGGGGGUGUCUGUCACACACCUCACUCUCCUCAGAGAGGCUUCAAGAGAAAUACAGGCUGCCGUCUUCCCAGGAGGUAGAAGACACACGAGCUCCUCUGGCAGCAUCUGCGUGGGUGGCCGGCCAGGGAGUGGGUCUGCACAGACGGAUAGGCUGUGGGCCGGGGCCUAGAGCAGAAGUGUGCCCGGCCACUCAGCUCCCGCACCCUUCUCUCUUGUGGCUCUAAGGCCCGAGGUCUGGAAGCCAAGGAGCAGGCCCUGACGAUCGGCUCUUUGUGGAGGAGAGACUCCCAGGCGGCUGGCCUGAGCCCCGAUCAGCAGUGCAGAGGGAGGCCUUCCAUCUUCCCAGCCACCCAUGGAGGCCACUAGCCUGGGCCCCUGGGCCUGCUGUUUCUUUCACCUAGUAACCAAUCUCAGACCUGCAUUUAAAAGGAAACCCCCUCACCUGGGAAGCUUUUCCUUCCUGGACCCUGGGACUCAGCUUCCACACAGUGUUCAGCCACUGGCCUCCACGGCCCCUCCUGCUAGGCACAAGGGCUGGGCGUGUUCCCCGAGAAGAGCAGUUGUUCUUGCUCUGCUGGCUGGUGUGGUUCCGGCCGGAAUCCACCCCCUUGAAGGCAGAAAGGGCUUCCCAGUUCUUGCUCCAGGACCUGUCCUAUGAGAGUUUCUCGGAGGGCAGGGCACCUGUCGGGUUGCUGAGGUUACAGCUCAGCUCUUAGGGUAUGGCAGGCCCUUGGGACAUUUACACAGGCCUGACCUUCAGUCCUGGACCCAGGAGAUGGUGGCCAGCCUGGCCAUAGGGUCCUUGCAGCUAAGGCUUCCUCAGCCUUGCAGCUGCCCCCUUUCUCUGCUGUCUGGCUGGACUUGUUCUUUUCUCUGCCGGGAGAUGGGCUGAGGAAAUUCUGGAACCCCUCACCCAGUUGGAGCACUCAAGACGGGUGUGCUUAUUUGCUCAGGGUGGGUGUCUAUGUGAAGAAGAGAUUGAGGGGCAGGUGUGCUUGGGUGCACUAACACUGAAUUUAUUUAAAGUGGGGGCUUUGAGUCACAGGCCCCAACCUCGAAAGGCUUUGCGUAGCAGACAUUAAGACCAGGGGAAACCAUCACUGGCUGUGGACUGCACCGGGGGAUGCCACGGCCUUCUGGGGACCUGCACACCCACCUCUCCAGGGGCCUUGACAAGGGUCCCCAAGGCCGAGGGAGGCCCUCCUCCCCAGGCCCCUGACUUUUACUCUGGU